GUUGUCUGACGAGCUCAGCAUCAUCUCGUCUCCUCUUCCUGAGAAUGAAAACCCUUGAAGAAGUCGAACUUUGCUUUCCACAACUCCUCAACUCCUCCUGCAGGAAGCCCAUGCGUCCUCACGCUCUAUCAAUGCUCACUUACAUUUUACUGUCCUCCAUCUCUGUGCUCACUGUGACUCUCAACCUACUGGUCAUCAUCUCGAUCUCCCACUUCAGGCAGCUCCACACACCCACCAACCUCCUCCUCCUCUCUCUGGCUGUCUCAGAUUUCUUCGUGGGCUUCCUUAUGUUCUUUCAUAUAGUGCUCAUAGACGGCUGCUGGUUAAUCGGUGACCUCAUGUGUACUUUGUACAAUGUUCUGAGUUAUAUUAUUACCUCUGCUUCAGUAGGAACCAUGGUUCUCAUAGCAGUUGACCGAUAUAUGGCUAUUUGUGAGCCUCUACAUUAUCCCUACAAAGUCACACAAAAAAGAGUUCAAGUCUGUGUUUGUAUGUGUUGGAUAUGUUCUGCUUACUUCAGUCUGCUGUUGAAGGAUAACCUGGAACCACCAGGCAGGUAUAAUUCCUGCUUAGGAGAGUGUGUUGUUGUGAUUAACAACAUUGCUGGACUUGCAGAUCUUUUUUUGUCCUUUAUUGGUCCUGUCACUGUCAUCAUAGUUCUGUAUAUGAGAGUUUUUGUGGUGGCUGUGUCUCAGGCUCGUGCCAUGCGCUCUCAGAUUGCAUCAUUCCCUCUCAAGUGUUCAGUCAGUGUAACUGCUAAAAAAUCUGAAAUGAAAGCAGCCAGAACUCUUGUGUCAUAG